AUGCCACGCAGAAAAGCCGCCGACCGCACGGGCCAGGUGAAAACCCGGUCUCGUAGCGGCUGUCGAGAAUGUCGGGCGAGUCGCGUGCGAUGCGACACUAAGAAGCCCGCCUGCACCCGCUGCUUGGAGAAAGGACUGCCUUGUUCGACCAAUCUCGUCCUGAAAUGGGAGUCUGAAUUCGUGAGCCGGGGCAUGGCUUUUGGCCGUGCUGGCGUGUGGAGUAAAAGCCGCACUGAUGCAUCACCAGCCUCGGGUUCCAGUGCCUCGUCUCCUGCAUUUUCUGUGGAUGAUAUGCGAGAGUGGUGUGCAUUGCCGGCAAUUCAUCCUUGGGCAUUCAUUAACAGCGGAAUGGCAACCUUUGAAAAUCCCGAUCAGAUAGACCUUGCCCUGAACGAACAACUCGCGCUUGUUCCUAUCAGGAAUCAUGAUGCUGUGUCGGUCGCCGGCGACGCAUUAGCUGAUCAUUCGGCAUUCGGCUUCUAUUCCAUUCGCAAUCUAGGUGGUCUUGCGACGGCACUGAAUCCUGGCCCCACCCCUGCACUUUCUCUUUUUCCAGGCAUAUCGGAAAUAGGCCAUACAGAACUGUUUGACUAUUAUCUCCGGCAGGUCUGCCCUCGUACUACGGCCAGUUCCACCCUGUCCUCACCAUUUGCCUCUGUGAUUCUUCCCUUCAGUGUCUCAGCGUCGCCCACGUUGUUCAAGGCUAUUCAGUCACUCGCUGCAUGCCACUGGGCCCGACGGGAUCCGAGUUAUAGCACCCUUGGGCUCCGCUUGAAGUCAGAGACGUUAAGAGACCUUCGCCGUCGUCUUUCAUACGAGGGAUCCGCUACAUGUUGCACCGAUCCUGAAGUUUUGUUGGUCAUGAUGAUGCUCUGUCUCUAUGAAAUUCUAGACAAAUGCGACGAGCAUUGGACCAUUCAUCUAAAGGGUGCCAAGGAUCUAAUUCGACUUCGGAGACAACGAGUUGACGCGGUUUUUGAUCCAGUGACCACCUUUGCAGAGCAUUUCUUUGCCUUUCAAGAUGUCAUGGGUCGGACUGCCUGUGGCGAGGAGGUGUUGUUUGGCAGCGACUACUGGAAAACUGAUGAUCAACACAUUGACUUGUGGAUGGGGUGUAGCCCCGAACUGGUCGCUAUCCUCUCCUCUAUUACCGAACUGAGCCGAGCCAGGCGACAACUUCAAUCGAGCAAUUCUUCCUCCUUAUUUUCUGUUCGUGCUGCUUCGCUUGAGCACCAGCUAGAAUAUCUCAUCCAGGAGGUUGGAGAGGGGGAUGAUGAUAUCCUUGCCUCUGUGGCGGAAGCUAAACGCCUUGCCGCUUUGCUCUAUCUGCACUGCGCCCUUUAUGGAGCCUCCCCAACCACGCCCUUGGUGGUUAAUUACGUACACCAGAUUCUUCGCUUGGUAUCAGAUCUGCUUGAACGUGGGUCCAUGGCAAGCGUGAUGUGGCCUGUCUUUGUGGCGGCCGUGGAGCUUGAUCCAUCGCGGGAUGAGCUCUGGUCCGGUCCGGAUGGUCAGCCAGUAUCCGGGCGCUCGGUUGUUCUUCAAGCUCUGGCGUCAAUGGCUGAUUCUACCAUUUCGAAUAUUGCCCGGACGCGUGCGGUGAUUAUUCAGGCGUGGCAGGCUCGCGAUCAGGAUCUUCUUAAACCGCCACAGAUGGAGCUGAAUGAUUGGGAGAAAUAUGUGGCUCCCAUCAGCACCUCUAUGAGCCUGGCAUGA